AACUUAGAUUAUGUUUGUACAUGUGCAUCACGUGUAGGGCAACAAUAACAACAACAAUUCUAUCAAACUAUGAUGUAAUGGAUUAAACUCAACUGCUGGUCUUGUAAAAUGCCCUGGAGAUACCUUAUCAGGUUCUUUACCCAUAAUGAGCAACUUAUCCAGAAGCUAUCAGAAACUGGACCAAUACGUUAUGCAGCUAGAAUGACAGUAUACUGGUUCUUAAGGGCUAAAGAAACAGGUAUUGAAAAAUUAAAGAGAGACCCUAAUUCAAUUGAAGACACAUCAAGAGGAAAACGGUUUUCUGACAGAUUUAAAGAGGAGUUGGAGAAAGGAAUGAAAGAAUUAGAAGAUAAGAAAGAUAAGGAUAGGAAUUAAUGAAAAAUCUCAUGUAAAAACAUUGGUGAAAUUUUUUCGGGAUGAUUCUUGAAUAUUCAGGAUUUUAAGACUAAAAAAAAACCACAUUUUCUCUUCAUAAUACUGUAAAAAAUGUGGCAACAUACAGGUUUAAAAAAAAAUGUCUUUCACUCAUGGAUAAGUUUUGCGUAAAGUCAUUUAUAUUACUCACUAAUUAAGGAAUGGAAGGAAAAGGUGCCAAAGCAACUGUGAUCAUAUACUUAAUGCAUGUGUAAUGAAUUUACCAAAAAAAUAUGUGUAAUGGAUUAUUAAUAUUGCACACUUAAUGUGCUGAAUUUCUGUAAUUGAAUUGCCUAUCUUUGAAUUUGGAUCCAUUCAAAGUUAUUUUAUUAUGAAAAUACAAAAAUUGAGUUACCAAUGGCAACUGUAACAUUGCCUGGUGAGACAGCUCAGUACUAUGCUGGUUGGAAAGACUAAUCUUAUUUUGUUCCAGCAGUUAAAGCAGCAUGCCUCCAGAUUCAUGCUUAAUUUCAUGAAAAUUUUGAAAAUGUAUUUAAAAGUAAAAUUAUAUGAAGUGAGCAAAGAAAGUAAAUUACACAUUGCAAACGGCACUUACAAUCCACGUAAAUUACCAUAAAGAGGUCAAAAUAUACAUAAAUACCUCUUACUGUGUUAGUAACGCAGUAGAUUAUAGUGAUUUAUGCUGCAAAAUCAGUCAUUAAUCGCACAUAACUUGUAAAUAAUUAAUAAUAUAUUGAAUCUUUUUACUUUUCUUAAGAUCUUAAUACAUUUUUCUAAAGAUUGAAUUUUUUUAAAUAUUUUGGCUCAUCUUGAGGCGUGCAGCUUUAAGGGUUGCUAUGUAAACUUUUCGAAAUUAUGUACACUUUCGAGAUUUAUAGAGUUUAUCAGUGUCACUUUUCUUGCGGUUGAUUAAAAUUAUAUUAAUUCUGUACCCUAGUCUUAGUAAUGUUUUUUUUUUAUGACAAUCUCAUCAUGUUAUGAAAUGUAUUGCUAAAGAGGGAAUAACUGUUGUAUUGAAUGUCUUAUUUAAUUGAGAAAUUUAUUUUAUGUAAUGUAUAUCUGCUAGAUGUAAGGAUGUUUUAUAUUUCUUCUCAGGUAUCAGAUAGAAUUUUGUCACAAUUAUAAAUAGAAAACAAAAAUACACAUUGUUGCACUGAUACAAAUUUGACAUGUUU